ACACCAUAAAAUACGUAGGUCAUAAAGAGACCUACAAAUCGCACCAUGACGCAAGCGACGCCAAUCCCGGCCGUGCCUACGCAGCCGUUCCCGGAGGUGUUCAAGCCAAUCGAUGUGGAACCAAAGGUUGAAGCUGAGGAGGAGGUUGAACAACUCCUGCCUCUGCCCCGAGUCCUCCAAGACCUGACGCCGGUGGACCGGCUGCUCAUCACCAAGCGGCUCAGGGUCAAGAACGUUCUGUUCCUGAGAGGCAAGAGGAACAAGUUCUUUGUCCGCACGCCUGACCAGAACCUCGUGUACACUGUUGAGGAGGAGAACAAAUGGUGGGUGGGCUACCUUUGCUACGGGCUGCGGCCGCUGGAGCUGCGCGUGAGCAACAGCUUGGGCCGCGAGGUGAUGCGGAUACGGCGCCCAUUCGCCUUCACCGGCCGAGUGCUGCCCUGCCAACUCCAGAACAUUCAGGUGUUCGCACCGCCCGAGCAUCGUAUCGGCACCAUAGAACAGCAGUGGGCAGCCAUCCGGCCCAUCUACCUCGUCAAGAAUGAUGAUGGAGACAGUAUUUUCUGGAUACGAGGUCCCCACGUCACUGUGAGCUGCUUCAGAGACGUCCAGUUCCAGAUCCUCCGUACGGACGGCUCGCACGUCGGCGCCACCUGCAAGCGCUGGCAGGGACUGGCUCAUGCGAUGUUCAUGGCCCCGGUCACUGACAGAUUCGGCGUGGCGUUCGAGCGAGGGCUGACGGAGGUCGAGAAGGGCCUGCUGCUGGCCGCGACGCUGCUCAUGGACUACAUGUACUAUGACGUCUGA